CCGCCGAUCGUCAUUUCCGCUGGUUAACCCGGAAGUGGAAACGGCGUGGAACACAAAGUGCUGUUUCAUCGCUCUCACUUGCGCGCGUUUCGCUCGCUCGCACCAGACAGGAGAAGGAGAGACAGACCCGCACGCCCGCCCGCCCGCCCGCCAGCCAGCCACCGAGAGAAGCCAGUGAACGUGUAUACAGUUGAGGGACGCAAGGCGGUGGAGGCUCAACCAGCAGGAGAGGGGUGAGGAGCAGCGCACGUGUCUGCCCGUCGUGUCCACGUCUCUCUCUCUCUCACUCCCCCCCGUGUCCUCUCGCUCUCCCCGUGUCGCGCGAUGUCGUCUUCCUCGGGCGCGCUCUUCCCGAGCGCCGUCGCCUCGAGUCGCGGCGCCGCCUCCAAGUACCUGGUGGAGUUCCGCGCGGGCAAGAUGAGCUUGCGUGGCGGCACGGUGACUCCCGACUCGCGCAAGGGUCUCGUGUUCGUUCACCAGAGCGAGGACGCGCUGCUGCACCUCUGCUGGCGAGACCGCACCACGGGCCAGCUGGAGGAGGAUCUGAUCAUCUUCCCGGAUGACUGCGAGUUCAAGCGCGUGCCGCAGUGCACCACGGGGCGCGUGUUUGUGCUCAAGUUCAAAGCCGGGUCCCGGCGACUCUUCUUCUGGAUGCAGGAGCCCAAGACGGACAAGGAUGAUGAGCUGUGCAAGAAGGUGAACGACCUGCUCAACAACCCUCCCGUGCCGGGCUCGGUUGGGAGCGGAUCCUCCUCGCACGGCCUCUCCAGCGACCUGGCGGCCCUGGGCGGUGAAGGAGGCCUGCAGAGCCUCCUGGGCAACAUGGACCAGCAGCAGCUGAUGCAGCUCAUGGGCGCCAGCGGUCUUGGCGGGCUCGGAGGACUCGGGGCCCUGGCCGGGCUGCUGGGAUCUGGUCACUCGUCGGGCUCACGGGGCCAGGUGGGUUCCCUGGCACGCUCAGUCUCCUCGGCCCGCGCUGCCGCCGCCUCAGCCUCCUCCGCCUCAGCCUCCUCCUCCUCCGCCGCCACCACCACCACCACCACGACCACUGCCGUGCUGGCCGCCGAGACCCCCCCGUCGGUCACGCCGGUCCCACCAGUUACGCCGGUCCCCACCGCCGCCACCGCCACACCGGUCCCCGCCACCGCCCCCACAAUGCUGCCCGCCGUGCCAACCGCGGUGCCCACACAACCCAUCCAGCUGUCGGACCUGCAGAGCAUCCUCACCAGCAUGAACGUGCCCACGUCACCGGGGGCCACGGCCACGCAGCCCGCCCUGGACCUGGCUGCGGUGCUCACGCCCGACAUCAUGGCACCCAUCCUGGCCAACCCCGAGGUGCAACAGCGGCUGCUGCCGUUCCUGCCGGUGGGCGAGGCCCUGCCCCUGUCGCCCGACGAGAUCCAGAGCACGAUGAGCUCCCCGCAGUUUCAGCAGCAGGCCAUGAGCAUGUUCACUGCCGCGCUGGGGUCGGGGCAGCUGGGCCCGCUCAUGUCCCAGUUCGGGCUCCCGGAUGAGGCCGUCCAAGCGGCCGGCCAUGGAGACGUUGAAGGAUUUGCCCGCGCCAUGCAGGGCCGGCCCGGCGGCGCCGACACCGGCACCACGGAGGGAGCGCCGAGCGGCGACGUGGAGCCGUCCGGAGACAAGAAGGACGAGGAGGAGGACAUGAGUUUAGAUUAACGGGGCCGCAGCGGGCCCGGUGUGUGGCCCCGGGCCGCAUCCGAGUGACGCUCCGUGCCGGGUCUCUCUCUGCCGCCAUUCCCGUGCUCCCGUGUUGUCACUCGGCUGCCGCCCGUUCUGAUUCGAAACGAACGCUCUCCCAUUUUUAUUGGGUCGAUUCUCCACACCUCUGUUUUUGUUGUUGUUGUUGUUGCCGCUGCGUCUUCGCCGCAUGUCCGGGUAAAGUGGGGCAGCACGGGGCGGCCGUGAGUGUGACCUUGACCGAUCGACCUUAAUGAUAACAACGUUCCGCCUUGGCUCCAGAACCUGAUGCCCUGUCUGGCUUGAGUCUUCACAGAGGACCACAAGGAUCGCACUGGCUCUGUGGCGAUGCGGUGAUGCCAUCGCUCACGAUUGUUCCGUACCCCCCCCCUCUCACGGUCUUUUCCUCUACAACCAUUUUUUUUUUACAAGUUGGGAAAACAAUAAAGGUAGACGUGAGUGCAAGCUCCUUGGUAAACAUUGGCGGCCGUGCGAUGAACAUACUCUUGGCGUCAUCCAUCAGGGGCAGCCUCCCAGCAAAGUUGGCCUGGUUCAAGCCCAGCACUGGGAUGGCAUAUCGAUUUGGCAUUGACGCAACCCAAGUGAAAGAGCUUUGUGAUUACUCGUCUGUAAUUUUUUUGCAACGGAGACCCACCAAACGGUAGUCGAGGUCGCAGCAAUUGUUGGAUGCGUGUGUCCAGUUGCAGGUGUUUAUCUCAGCUUGGGAGCGGGGGCCACCUGUGAUUCCGGCGCACCACAGCCGGCUUGCAUAGCGAGCAAGAACGGUGCCGUUGUGAACGCUUGCUUCACGUUGCAUGGCUGCUCACUGUUCCGGCUGCACCACUCCAUACUCACCGUACCAUGCACCGUACUCGCCGCACACCCCACCUUACACCACUCACCGUGCCGUGCACCACACUGGCCACAUACCUCACCAUGCACACCACACACACACCGCACCGUACGCCACUCCAUGCACAACACUCGCCACACUGAACUGUGCCCCAAUCCACACACCUCGCAGUGCACCACACUGCACACCACACCGUGCACUACGCUCGCUGCACACAACCCACCAUGCACCAUCGUAACAGGACAUGUGUGCUGGUUGUCGGGACAUCUUGACAACGAUUUCCCGGCUAUGGACAUGGAGACACAAAAUCUUUGCCCUCUUUCGUGCUUAACGACUGUUACCGUGUUCACCCUGCAGCGGGGCAUGGUGCCAAAAUCUGGACUGUGACCUGGCAAUAGAACGCUUGCAUAAAAGAUAAAAAGGACGUGAGUUAUUUUGUCAUUGCAAUCAGAUAAACGUUUGAUACCAAAUUGCUCCAACGCUUAAACAAACAAAAUAUACACAAUGUAACUGGUGUUUGCCGAACAUCUCGAUGCGGGGAAAAUUACCUGCAGAUCACUCGAUUGGGAUCGAACGCAGCAGUAGCAUUAUCAUCAUAGUCCCUCCUGUUAAAAUCACAACCACGCACACAGGACCCUCCCGAAAAAGCUUGCAUUUCAAAGCACAUCUUGGAGCUGUGUGGGUGGCUCAUGGGGGAAGCGAUGCCCAUGCUUCAAUCAACCGAGCCCACAAUUCUGAACAACUGGGUUCGUAUCGAGGAUUCGGCUUCCUCCCUUGAUAAAACCAGGUUCUCAAGUACAGCCCCCCCGUGGCUGCACCGAAACCAAAUCGCAGAAAUGGUUUGGUUGAUUUUGCGCCCCUUAAACGCAAAAAGCGACUCGCGUCACACCUCGGCGCAUUCGAAAGGGGCACUCCCCAGCAGCAGCUGCCCCUGUGUGCAUUCGGGCAUUACCCUGCCAGCAGGGAGCUAUGUGUUUGUAAUCCCAAUUGAGUAAUCGGUAAUAAUACUAAACGUCUUUUCAUUUGGACCGAUUCCACGCCUGAAGGAUGUACAGGCGGCAUGCUCGCUUCCACCCUCCCUGAAGGCGUGCUGUUUGGCGGUCGUGUUGAGAAACCCUUAUUGGAGAGGAGACGUAUAUCGACGUGGUUCUGUGCGACUUCAUCGCUUGACCGGACGACGCGAGACCUUGCAGUCGGAGUCUCAAAGGGGGUGGGGGGUACGAAUCGUAGGAACGCAGUGACACUGAAGAAAACAACCAAGCGCUGGCUUGGCCUUAUCGAGACCCCUGGCACAAGGGUAAUUGAGCGAUGACGAUUUGUCAUACGGAACCACAAACGCACAAGUUGGGGGGGUUGGGGAGGGGGGAUGUCACCAUCCCAUCAAGAAACUAACAACACUGGAGACCGACCAGAUUAAAAUGUCAUUGGGACUCAUUGGUGCAGUACAACGUUCGCUGCUGCCAUGUGUGUGUCCAGUAUGCGGAGAGGACAUUGGGAGGGGCCACAUUUUCUCAACGCUUUGGGUUGGUUGGCCGAAACGGCAAAAUGGCCACGUUCAGUUCUUUUGAGCUGGUGGUCUGGAUAAGGCUGAGACGUUUUAAUACAACGAUGCUGCACACGCGCAUGUGUGUUCAAUUUGUGUUUUUUUUCUCGAGCCCGCAUUAAUUUGUCUUGUGAUGACUUCUCAUCAUUUACAGGUUUCAACGAUAAAAAAUAUAUAUACUUGUACUGAAGAAGCGCCUUGCUGCUGACAGUCCCAACUCCACGGAGACUACGAUCGGGCACGGGCGCCGUUUUGGGAACCAUAGCAAAAUCCCACCACCGGCUGUGUUUCUGUCUUUCGACAUUUGCGUCUCAAUUACUCUUAUUAAAGAUUUCGGUAGACUUGUGCUUAACGUUUCACAUUCAAGUGUUCUUCCCUCGCAUUUUUUUUGAGUUAUAAUUCUGAAUAAAAGUAACACAAUGUCA